UCUAGUCUCUUCUGUUAUGAUCCACAAACUGCAGUCUCGGAAAAUCUUAUGAGUAACAACUUCUAUCAUGUAGUUCCUCACAUAAACAGCUUGGUUUCGUUCGGAGCUCUUGGGGAACAAUCUUAUGGAAGAAAAAGAUAUGAUGUUAAUCCAGCACCAAAGGAAAUCUUCAUUAAACAGCGGAGGAAACAGAGAGACUGAUGUUAAUCCAAGUCUUAUUAUGUCUCAAUAUUUGGGUAAGCAGGCGGUAUCUCCUAUACAAGCUAUUGAUAGCGACAGCAACCUCAACAAGUCUAUUCUUAAAGUUGGGGUGGAGGCGUCUCACUCGAGCAAAGUGGCAGAUAGAAAUGUUUGUGGUUCCACAAAAAUAAAGGAGAAGUCACUGACGUGCAAGUCACAUUGCUCUGACAGAUCCGAGAAGCAAGCUAAUUCUCCUCAAGAGUUGUACUGUUCUGAUGAAAACAGUCCCCUCAAUAGUCCUCUCAGCCAUCGUUCAAGGCGUUCUAUUCACGAGGGAGGAAGUGGUGUUGGUGGUACAAAGAAGAUUAUUGCGGAAGUUGAGGAAUUUUUAGAUGAUGAUAGGAAUAUUGGAGGAACUUGUAGAGAAGUGAGCGCCACAUUGCCUAUCAGGGGUGCGCUUAAACGACAUAGGGAUGAUUCAGACAUGAAUGACCAGGGAAGCGAGAAGUCUGGCUCUGAAUCUGGCAGAGCCCGUGGUCCAGAUGUCGGGCAACCAAGAGAAAGAAGCAAAGGUAGUUCACUCAUGUCCCCCUUAGGUUGCUCCAAAAGAGGGCAGGGUGAUCGUCCAAGUUUUCUUAUGGUAGCUGGAUUUCCCGUACUACCUAAGUAUAAAGAUUUGUAUAGUCGAGUGAUUGCCUCCAAAGGGCACAUGGCCUCCGACACAAAGGUUAAAUAG